GCCAUUCUGCUGCGACUGCGUGAGUGCGGAGCUUCCGUGUGGUGGUGUCCUCUCCGGCGGGAAACCCGAGAGCGGCUGUCUCUGGCUUUCGUCCUCUGAUCUGAGCGCCGAGGGAAAAGUGGCGAGAUGACCGACCGCUACACCAUCCACAGCCAGCUGGAGCACCUCCAGUCCAAGUACAUCGGCACGGGCCACGCCGACACCACCAAGUGGGAGUGGCUGGUGAACCAGCACCGCGACUCGUACUGCUCCUACAUGGGCCACUUCGACCUUCUCAACUACUUCGCCAUUGCCGAGAAUGAGAGCAAAGCGCGAGUCCGCUUCAACCUGAUGGAGAAGAUGCUGCAGCCUUGCGGGCCGCCGGCCGACAAGCCCGAGGAGAACUGAGCCCCGCGCGGGGACCUUCGCGGCCGCACCGCUCCCUGCCUUCUCCAGUUUGCUGUGGUUUCCUGCGUUUUCCCGCCUCCAGUGGACAGAUUCUUCCCGGCUCGUGCUUUCGGUGUCCAGAGGGGUUUGUCCCGGAGUGGCCCUCCUGACCCGCCUAAACGUGGACCCUUCGGAACAUGGCAUUGAGACACCGUCGGGACCCUGAGAACUGUGCGAGUGGAGAGGUCCUAGAGCCGACGAGCAUUAGGGAGGACGACCCUGGAGUGAAACGGGACCUGGCUAGUUGUCUGUCAUUGGUGCUUUUUCCAUAAAGUUUAGAAAUUGCCCUGUC